UAUUUAUUAAUUUAGAGUAACCCUCAUAUAUCGCUGACUGUUUGUUUCUCUCUGUUCUAUUUUUUGUUGACCUCUUUGCUUGCCUAGAGAUUUCGACGAUUGUGUAACGUAAUAAAAGCUGCAACGUUUGCCUUUGUCUACGAUAUUUAUCUACGCAAUGGACAACCAAGAGAAGAUAGUCUACAUUGCGCCUGAGCAGACUCAAGCCGGCCAACCUCAACCUCAGUAUCAGCCAACGAUGCAAGGACAACCACCAGUCGGAACUUACACGCAACAACCGCUACAGCCUCAACCAAAAGGGCUAGAGGACGCACAACCACAAUAUCAACCUCAGAUGCAACCGCAAAUGCAAUCCCAAGUCGAUCAACGCGCGUAUCCUCACCCGACAGCAUAUGGCCAACAGGGUGGUGAAUGGCAAGCGAGUCUCUGCGAUUGUUCACCAUGCACAAGCUGUCUGCUAUCCACAUGCUUGCCAUGCAUCUUACUUGGUCAGACCUCCGAACGAAUUAGAGAUCCUUCGAUGCAAUCGGCCGACAUGAUGAACAGCGACUGCAUGAUUCACGGUCUAAUUACCUGCUUUACCGGUUGCGGAUGGAUCUAUGCGUUGAUGAAGCGAGGCGAGAUUCGAGAGCGUUUCCAGAUCGAAGGCAGUGGCUUUAACGACUGCUGCGUUUCGUACUGGUGCCCGUGCUGCGCGCUGAUCCAACAAGACAACGAAGUCAAGGUGCGCCAGCGCAACGCCCAACCGGUAGCGCAGGGCUACCAACCUCAACCCACGAUGCAAAUGCCAGCGCCCUCUUACCAACCAUAAACGAGAAUCCUUCUAGGGAUAUUUCGCUUUUCAUGUUUAUAUUGUAUUUAUUGGCACUUUUUAAUGACCAAUUGAGGAUAAGAGAGGGCUCUUCCAGCGAUUGGCGACGUGUCGAUAUUGCUACGACUCUGAGACCCGUAUGAGGCAAGGGUUUAUUGGUAGCUAUCUCUACCUAUGGAUGUUAGUGGG